AUGUCGGCCGCCUCCCUCCUCUUCCUCAUCGUCUACAACUUCUUUUAUUACUUUCUAUACCUCGUCCUACUCGCCUUCCUCGUCGUCACCCCCAUCGAUCUUAUCCAGCAGGGCGUCCAACGCCAUCGAAACUACGACAUCCUCGUCGUCCUCGUCUGCUACGUCGUGACCAUUCUCGUCGUUGCCUUUAUCUACGCCUCCCGCCUCUACAUCAGCCGUUCCGUGCUUGCAUCCAUACCGAAGGGAUGGGUCCCCAUAGAGAAGGGCGACGUCCCGCCUGACGUGCGCCAGAUGAUCGUCGAGGGGCUCGCCAGGAGUGCCGCGAUCGCAUUUGACGCCAGGCCGCGGGUACCGCUGGUGGUGCUCGGAUCGGGGCCCGCUUCUAGUGAUAGGGGGAAUAGGCAGGCUUCUUCCAAUUCCGCCGCGCCUGGGCCGUCAAUUGCGGAAUCCAAGAAGAGCGCCGCAUCUAGGGCGCCCGCGGCACACAGGGAUGCAAAAGCCACCGGGCCCUCACAACCCAAGCCGGUCUGGGGCGAUAUCGAACACCCAGGCUGGGGAUCGCCCAUGUCGCACGACCUGCCUAACCUGCAGUACGACACAGUCGUCACGGAGCUGCCCAACCUGAUUGAGGCGAAGGCUAUCACACUCGCCCCCCCUGACCCGGAAUCCCACUCGGACCCCCCGGCGCUGGACCCAGAUGCGAUCGCCCUUCUCCAGAGGCCGGAGUUUAUGGGGUUACGCGAAUAUCUAACGUACCUCACCGAAUUGGCUGUCCUUGCGCCGCUGCCCCUGACUGGCGAGUUUAUAGAGAAAUACGAAGCCGCCCGCUACUCUGGCCGCCCCUUGUCCAACGAGCGGUUCCGCAGCCUGAUGCACCUCUUUUCCGAGGUCCUGCGUCACAUGCACCCUCUCAGCCCCGCCGCGCUGGCGAGCUACGAAGACGACGGGUCGUCCGGGCCCGCCCCCUCGGAAAGCGACAUCGACAACGAUGCGCCUCGCGGGACCAGUCCGUCGAGCGCAGGGACUACCCGGGGGAUGUUCAUGAUGUCCGGCGCCAAAGAUGGUGGCGGCCUAGAUCGCCGGUCGAGCUCUAGCACGGACGGCUCGGGACGCCGCCGGCCGGGCCUCGGGCUGCGCAACUCGUCGGCCAAUACCUGGCAGUUCCGCACCGCUCCCACGACGCCCAAGAGUCGGCAUACCGGCUUUUCGAGAAAGUCUAGCUCGGAGAGCUUCGCGCACACAAGGCACGCGUACCCGGUCAGCCAGUCGUCCGGCUCGAGCUCGCGCAGCUCGCGGUCCGGGGGAAGCGGCUCGGUCAUUCGCUUGGCUAGCGCGGAAGACGCGACGGAUCUUCCUUAUGUUUUGACGUAUUGA